AUGACGCCAACUGGCAGCAACACGCCCAUCAACACCCCAACCGGAACCGAAUCGAUGGACGACACGGCAGGGUCCAGCGUCGAGCCCCCUCCAGCCCAGGGCUCUCAGUCGACCUCGACCUCGGAGGAACCUGGCGCGCACGUCUCUCUCCCGUGCGACCCCUUGAACACGCGGCAAGGCUGCUAUAUCCCAUCACCGUUCCUCUCGGGUACUUUACCCCGUGUGAUUCAUAGUACGCAGACCGAUAUUCAGGCGAGGAAGCAACGAAGUGAGGAGGUAGGUAUCUCGAUAGCCCGAUUGCGAAUCACUGAGCGGACACGCUGACCUAUUUCGAACUGGGCCUGUUCGCCCGUGUUCUAUCACAGAUUCUCAACAGGAUGACGACUCGGAUAGAGUGUGAGUGAGCUUUUAAAAGUCUUGUCAACACCUUCAACUCACGUCCUGACGAUGUACCUGCCCCCAUAUCCUCGGCGGCAUGCAGUCGCAAAGUACAAGAUCGAAAGAGGAUGGGCUGAGCUGCCCUUUGCCAUGGUACGUCAAGCUUUAGCCGACCUUGGUCCUUACAUCUAUCAUACAACGUUUGAUCAUCGACUGUUCCACCAUCAGGUCGAGUACCUCACCUUUGGGUACGUUCAUCUGGCCGCUGUCAUCACAGACGCGUCGCACAGGCCCCUAAGCUGUUCCAGUCACAAUCUCAACUGACCAAAACUUCGAGCUCCCACCGACCCACAGCCCGUUCGCUGCCGACCGACUUGCGAGGUUCGAAGCCCAAGCCAAACGACGCAAGGCGUACGACGAUCACGAACCCGGGUCCGAUGAUGAGGGCGUAGCUCGGAACGCUCAGUUGCAAACCUCGGCGAACAACUUCAAUUUCGGGACAUCUGAGGCGUCAACGAGUCGUAUAGGUCGUACGCCCAAUGGCAGUAUCGGAACCUCGUACGCUGCGCCAAAGAUCUCCGUAGCAGAGGAAGAUCAGCUGUACGACGUUCGGAUGCGUGAGGAUGCACCUUGGACCUCGUCCAUGUCGAUGAAAGCGAGGGGGAAACGGAAAGCUUCACCUUGGGAGGAUCCACCACGCCAAAGGAUGCGGGUCACCUCGCCUGAUCAUGGCGAUGGUGAAGCUUUCGCAUCCGGGUCCAACAACAUCUCAUACACAAUCGUACCAACUCACCAACUGCCGAACGAAGAGGAGGAAAGCCUGCCUCAAAGCUACGUCGACGAUCCAAGAGACAUCCCUACCGAUCCCGAAUCCGAAGACCUCGAUCCCGACGCGGACGAACGCAAACCCUUCAUCGAAGGCAGCUCCUUCUGGCAACGCGUCGACGUGACCAGCAACUCGAACGACAACCCAUCCGAAGAUAUCCUCCGUAACGGACCUCCCGUUUCACCCCAUGGCUCGGCCGCAGCUUCGACGGCGACGUUGGCUUUACCCCUUUCCUCGGCGGCUUCGACGGCGAACCUAUUGGCGCCGUGGGGUUCUUCACAAGGCAGGGGAGGGACGGGUGAGAUGUUCGCGGAUGAAGGUCGAGGAACAAAGACAAGGGACUUGAAUGGGGUAAUGUUGGGUGAACAUGCGACCUUCUCGGCACUUCCACCGCCACCUCCGCUGGAGUUUGAUUGA